UGUGCUGCAAGUGGUGGCUAGUUUUUCGGUCUUUUGCUGCCUGGAAAACACAGUUGGAUUUUCCAAGGUGCACAACGGCAGCAGGUUGCCGUCAAACAACACGGAGCCAAAAUCCAACGAAAAGUAUUUUAAAAUAACAACAAAAUUCUGUCAGUCAACGGCAAAAGUUCCAUUUGACUAUUUUCCAAUUAACGCUUUUGUGCGGAGGCACCGAAAAUCAGGUUCGCGGCCAGAGAAGUGAAGUCGCAGUUGUUCUGCAGAGGCGCUAAAAAUUAGUGUAUUUCCGGUUUUCAACCAAAUCUGAAGAAACGAUAGAGCCACUGGAUGGGGAAUAGUCUUCUUACGUGUGGAAAACCCAGUCAGCGUCGCGAGAGGAGGUUCUUGCAGAGGCUGAGCAACACCUACGCUCAGGCUCACAGGAAAAUAGAGUUCAGGAUGUUACCGCUGCUGGGACUGUCACGGAACAAGGGAUCGUCGGGGUCGCCGCCACGCUCGCCGGAGAAGAAGGAUCGCAGGACAGUGCGGAAGAUACAAGUCCCCAUCGAUAUGCUGCCCAACGAGAUGUGGCUGGAGGUCAUGUCCUAUCUGUCCUACAACGAUCUGAAGCAGUUGCGUAUGGUGUCCUGGCACUGUCGCGAGCUCGUUAAUCGUCGCAAGUUCAUGUCCCAGGGCAAGGUGAUUAUAACCAGGCACAAUCUGGCGGCAAUCAAGGACCACGUGGAGAAUGCACCUUCAAAACUGAGCUUCGAGCGGAUCGAGCUGCGCAACCUGAAGCAAUCCCCGAAACUGGAUAGCUUUCUGAAGCUGGUCGGCCCGGACGUGAGGCAUCUGCAAGUGAGCCAUGCGCCCGUCUUUCGCAACAUAAACGGGAAGAUGCCCAACCUGAAGGUGUUGACGAUAGCCGCAACCACCGUGUUAGACGAUAAUAUUGGGAUCAACCUGAAGCAGUUCAUCAAUCUGGAGGCCUUCGAGUGUGACGGCGUCAGCCUGGACUCGGCGCUGAAGCUGAGCAUGCUGCUGCAGCUGAGGAAGCCCGCAAACAAAGUGCAACUGCGUCAUCUGCAGUUCGAGUUCACGCACGACAACGAGGAAGUUCUGGUGGCAGUGCUGCGGGACCAUGCCAAGACGUUGGAGUACAUUGACAUAUUCUUCAGCUGUUCGCCCAGCGUCGAAACGCUGCCGUGGUGUCUGGCCUUUGGGUCCAUGAGCAACCUCAGCGUCCUGAAGCUGUCGGGCAACUGUCAUCUCCUCCUGCUGGAGUCCAUUCUUAUGUCGAUGCCGGCGGUGGCUCCGUUGCGCCAACUGGACCUCACCGGCAUGCUCUCGCUGACCAACGAACUGCUCCUUUAUGUGGCCUCCAAGUGGGAGUUCACUCUCAAGUCCCUGGACCUCAUGUUCUGCGUGCAGCUAAACUGCGCUUGCAUCGAUGCUCUGCGCCAGCUGAGCGGCCAGCUGAAGUGCUUGACCAUGGCCUACUGCCGAGAGCUGACCGGCGUGGCCCUACUGAAGGGGAUUGCCCACACGCCCAACUAUAUAAUCCAGGAGCUGCAUCUCGAGGAGGUCUGCUUCAUCGACGAGGAGUCCCUGUGCGAGCUGCUCGUGCGACUCUAUAACCUGCGUCGUCUCAGCCUGGACAACUGUCGGCAGGCGGUGACCGACCGCGCCAUGUCCCUCAUCUGCAAGUACCAGACUGGCCUGCGCCAACUCAACAUCGAAUACUGCAUCAAGAUCACGGACAAAGGCUUCUUGGGCACCCCAGACUUUCCCUAUGCCAUUACCCGUCUCCGGGGACUACGUGAGCUGAACCUGCGCGGCUGCAAGAACCUGACGGAUCGUGUCCUGAAGGAGGCACUGAUUCUGCCCGAACUACGGAUCCUCUCGCUGGGCUAUUGCUCGUUCUUCUACCCGGAGGGCUUCGAGGCGCUGACCCACAACGCACCGGCCAUCGAAACGCUGUGCGUGGCCAGCUGCAUGAAGGUGGACGAUGACACCGUGAGAAUUUUGCGUAAUUUUAAGCGUCUGCGGAGCAUCAACAUAAGCAACUGCAUGCGGCUCACGCUGCAAUCGAUUCACCACAUACUGAGGCAUGGGCACAACAUGGUGGAGCUGAUUGCAUGCUCCAUCGAUGGCAUGGACCAGGAGCAGGCCAUGCGGCUGCUCGAGAAGCAGCGACCACAAAUGAAGCAAGUGCUGCUAUAGCAGGAGAGGUACAUUCACUGACAGGAUGUCAGGGUUCUCCCCUACAACUGGGGGAGACAGGGCUAUUACGGCAGCGACGAUGAAGAGGAUGCUGACGUUGAGGUAAUCGAAGUCGUUGUUUGAGAACAGAUGGCAGCCCAGUGAAAUAUGAUGAAGCAAAGCGUCCAUCGUAUAUACGUCUAUAAAUCUUUAAAGAUACUAAUCCGCUAUCACUGCACAAUCGUGUAGAAAUCCUUGAAGGUGAAAUCUAAAAGUUGUAAUCCCCCAUUGAUCGUUACCUGCAGAUCAGCCACAACACAAGCCAAAUAUCGCCACACACAACACGUACCUCCAACACGAACCCAUCUAACCCAAACAUUUCAAUGUUCAAUAAUACCCCAAACGAGGAUCGACCUGGUCUCAUAUCCCAUUUGCUGACCAAACACUUUCGGAUUGUGCAAUACUAGAGACAGCUAUACACUGUUUGAAC